UCCAUCCUCUAUUCCUCCAAGUUGGAAGCAAUAUACAGGGAUGAAUGGCAGUUCUGUAAAAAAGAAAAAAAAACAGCACACAAAUAUACCAAAGAGCAUGAUAAAAAGUUGUGAUACAUAGAAAACAAAGAGCUUUGGCGAUGGACUUUUGAACUAGGGACGCGCUGCAUCAUGCUCAUUGUAGAAGAUGAAUUUAACCCCUGAGAGUCACAGUAUUCCUCUGAGUGAUGGGAAUAAAAUCCCACUUAUAGGCCUGGGAACCUAUGGAGACCCCCGCACAACGCCCAAAGGAACGGCUUGUGAGGCGGUAAAGACAGCCAUUGAUGUCGGAUACAGACACUUCGAUGGCGCCCUGGUGUACUUCAACGAGCAUGAGGUCGGUCAGGCGAUACGUGAGAAAAUCGCAGACGGCACGGUUCGACGAGAGGACGUCUUCUACUGUGGGAAGCUGUGGAACACCUUCCACCCCCCGGAGCUAGUGAGACCUGCCCUGGAAAGGACCCUAAAAGCCCUGCAGCUGGACUAUGUGGAUCUUUACAUUAUCGAACUCCCCACAGCCUUUAAGCCCGGAGACACGUUUUACCCCAAAGACGAGAAUGGAAAGUAUAUUUACCAUGAAACUGACCUAUGUGCGACAUGGGAGGCCCUGGAAGCCUGCAAAGAUGCAGGACUGACAAAAUCCCUUGGAGUGUCCAACUUCAACCGUAGACAGUUGGAGCUGAUCCUGAACAAACCAGGCCUCAAACACAGGCCUGUAUCUAACCAGGUGGAGUGUCACCCGUACUUCACUCAGCCCAAGCUACUGGAAUACUGUCGCCAGAAUGACAUCAUCAUUGUGGGAUACAGCCCCCUAGGGACUUCUAGAGAUGCCUCGUGGGUCAAUCUAAAGUGUCCCCCUCUACUGGAGGAUGAGCUCCUGGUUUACAUCAGCAGGAAGUACAGGAAGUCGACAGCCCAGGUGGCCCUGCGAUUCAACAUGCAGCGUGGUGUGGUGGUCAUUCCCAAAAGUUUCAAUCACCAACGUAUCAGGGCAAACUUCCAGAUAUUUGACUUCUCUCUCACUGAGGAGGAGAUGAGAGCCAUUGAAGGCCUCAACAAAAACAUCCGCUUUGUGGAGCUCCUCAUGUGGAGUGAUCACCCGGAAUACCCUUUCCAUGAUGACUAUUAGGAACAAAGCAUCCAAGCUGCUUCAUGCAUUGGAUUCCAGCAGUUUGUGAAGGAUGGAAAUGACCCUGUGCAAUAAAGUGCAGAAAUGUUUAAAAUCUUAA